AGGACGAUCAGGGGUGUCCCCUCAGCAGGAUCAGGGGUGUCCCCUCAGCAGGAUCAGGGGUGUCCCCACAGGAAGGAUGGGGAUAUCCCCCAAGCAGAGUCUAGAAUGUCCCCACAGCAGGAUCAGGAAUGUCCCCUCAGCAGGAUCAGGGGUGUCCCCACAGGAAGUCCCGACAUGUCCCCUCAGCACAGGGAGGUCUCAGUGCACGAAGGCCAUUGUGCUGCUGCAGUCCCCGGCCCUGCUCCCCGUCACCCCUCUGUCCAUGUCCUGCUCCCCAGGGACAUUUCCCGGUGGGAAGUGGUGAUCGGGGCCACGGAUCUGAGCCAGCCGGGCCCCGAGGCCCAGCUGCGCCACAUCCAGAGGCUCCUGAAGCACCAGGCCUACAACGAGGGCACGGCCAUGAACAACAUCGCGCUGCUGGAGCUGGACCAGCCCGUGGAGUGCAGCGACUACGUCCAGCUGGGCUGCGUGCCCGACAGCUCCCUGGCAGUGCCCGAGCUGAAAACCUGCUACGUGGCGGGCUGGAGAGCCACCCCGGAGAGCGCCCCCAGCCCACGCCUGGUGCUGCAGGAGGCCAAGGUGCGGCUCAUCGACGUCCAGCUGUGCAACAGCAGCCGCUGGUACGGGGGGGCCGUGCACCCCCAGGACCUGUGCGCGGGGUACCCGCGGGGCGGCAUCGACACCUGCCAGGGGGACAUCGGGGGUCCCCUGGUCUGCAAGGACAACACUGGUGACUACUUCUGGCUGGUGGGCCUGGCCAGCUGGGGCAAGGGCUGCGCCGGGGCCAAGCGGCCGGGGGUGUUCACCUCCACCCAGCACUUCCACACCUGGAUCCAGGUGCAGAUGGGACUGCUCCCUCCAGAAGCCGACUCUGCUCCACCCGAGCCCUUCCCGAGCCCGGAGGAAGAGCCCGAGGCAGACUUUGAGGACGAGGAGAAUCCCAACCCGGAGGACUCGGAGGAUUACACGAAGAUUUCAUUCCAACAACAGAUCCUGGGCAAAUUCCUGAACCUGCUGCUGGAGCUGCUGCAGUUCCUGAAGGGAGAGAAAGCCUGAGCCGGGGGAUGAGCUGAUGCAGUUGUGGCAAGCAUCCCCCGCCGGGGCCGUGGCUGCGGGGCCAG